AUGGACGGAUUAUUUAUCCACCACAAUGUUGCAUUGUUGUUCAUUAUUUCCAUAUUUCUGAAAACAUGUCAGUGUAAUGCAUUAUCUGUAAUGCAAGGGCAAGAUGGAAACCUAAUUUUCCCAUACCCAUGUAACAGUACAUCAGUCACGUUACAAUAUUCAUACAGAAAUCCAUUUUACAGAUCAACAGAUGAAUCACAACUUUCUUUACAGAAAAAUCAAGAAAACAGAUAUAAGGUACAGUUAACAUGUAAUGAGGACAGUCCUAAAGAAUGCUUUGUCAACCUCACAAUUAGCAGUAUCACAAGAGAUGAUCAAGGGACAUACAUUCUGUUUGUAUAUAUGGAUAGGGAAAUACUGGGUGAUGCAACACAGAGGAUUUGGCUAGGAGUUGAUUAUCCUCCAGGAAAGGCAUCGGUGGUCGGAAUGGAAGCAAAGGGUGGAAACUGGAUGGCUGUGGAUUUCACAGCUCCGUUGGGGAGCAUUGGAGGGAAGAUAGAAUGUUAUCAAGGUGGUGAAUGGAUGCCUCCACUCUCUGAACCAACUGAGACUGAUGCGUUAUUGAAACAGACUAUUCUCAUCAGGAAAUCACACCCUGUAUUUUGCUGUUCUUCUGUUUUCAAUGAAGAUAAAGAUAUAUGUGCAUGCAAUGAUACUGCAUUGUACCUGGAGCCUUCCAGCAGCAAUACGCCAUGCCCAACUGUCCCAAGGAAAAUUCCAACAACCUCUCGGUACAGAAGUCCAGAAGCUUCAGAGAUCACAUUGUCUGUCACCUCUACAAACUACAUCCAAUCAACAUCAACAAAAUUCCAGGAUGCCUGUAUAACAAAGGCCAAUGCAUACCUCAUCAUCAGUAGCAGCAGCAGCAGCAGCAGCAAUUAA